CUUCUUUCUCUUCACCAGGUCCACAGUUCCGGUUUAUUCGAAUUACGAUUACGUUAUUUCAAUAAUGAUUACGGUCGCGAUAGCGAAGGUAAUUGCUGUAGUGGCAUCUCCGAUCCGCAAACGGGCAAAUGUAUCGGUACGUGUAAGACACGGUUUCGCGUUUGUCUCAAACAUUAUCAAGCGAAAAUCGAUACAACCUCACAGUGUACGUACGGUGAUGUUGUGACGCCGAUACUCGGUGAAAAUUCGGUAAAUCUAACGAAUACGCAAAAAUUUAAAAGCAAAGGUUUCACGAAUCCCAUACAAUUUGCGUUCAACUUUGCAUGGCCGGGCACGUUCACAUUGAUCGUCGAGGCGUUGCAUGACACAAAUAACAGCGCCAAUACGCGCUCAAACAAUUUACUAAUCCAACGUUUGUCGCUGCAACAAGUGCUCGAAGUUUCACCCGAGUGGAAAACAAAUAAAAGCGAAGCUCAAUACACUUGGCUGGAGUAUGAUUUUCGCGUCACUUGCGAUGCGCAUUACUAUGGUUCAGGCUGUGCGAAUCUGUGUAGGCCACGUGAUGAUCCAUUUGGACAUUACACCUGCUCUGAGUCUGGUGAGAUUAUCUGCUUGACUGGAUGGCAGGGAGAUUAUUGUGAUAAAGCCGAAUGCACCAAAGGCUGCGAACACGGCCAUUGCGACAAGCCCAAUCAAUGCAUUUGUCAAACCGGCUGGAAGGGACCUCUGUGCAACGAAUGCGAACCCUACCCGGGCUGCGUGCAUGGUACCUGUAAUAAACCUUGGAAAUGCAUCUGUAAGGAAGGCUGGGGUGGCUUACUCUGCAAUCAGGAUCUCAACUACUGUACAAAUCAUCGUCCUUGUCAAAAUGGUGGCACCUGCUUCAAUUCCGGUCCCGAUCUAUACACCUGCAAAUGCCCACCGAACUUUAUUGGCUCUGAGUGCCAGAAUGAGAUCACUUCGUGUAAGGAAGGCAAUCCAUGCCAGAAUGGUGGCGCUUGCCUUGACGAGACUAGCACGCGCGGUUAUAAAUGCGAAUGUCUGAAGGACUGGGGCGGUCCAUUGUGCGAAGAGAAGGUGAUCACUUGUCUGGAUAAACCAUGCCGUCACGGCACCUGCCGCAACUCCACAAAGGGGUUUCAAUGCGACUGUCCGGGCGGCUACAGCGGCCGCGUAUGUGAGCUGCACGUAGACAACUGUAAUCCGAAUCCCUGCCAGAAUAGCGGGAGCUGCUUCAUGACCUCUUCCGGUAAUCACAAAUGCCAAUGUCGCAGCGGUUUUGCGGGCAGCAUGUGCGAGCAGAACAUCGACGACUGUCAAGGCAAUCCAUGUCACAAUGGCGGCACCUGCAUCGACAUGAUCAAUCAGUUUCGUUGCCAAUGCGUACCGGGCUACUUGGGCUCACUCUGUUCGGAUAAGGUAGACUUAUGCUUAACUAAACCUUGCGCCAAUGGCGGUACCUGCACGAACCUGAACAACGACUAUAGGUGCACUUGUCGCGCUGGCUUCACCGGCAAAGAUUGCUCAAUUGACAUUGAUGAGUGCAUGUCUGCGCCCUGUCGCAAUGGUGGCACUUGCGUGAAUCGCGUCAACAGUUUCCAUUGCGUUUGCGCCCACGGAUUUUGCGGUAAACAGUGUGAAGAGGAGUCUUACGCGUCGUACGAAUCUCGUCCGUAUCAGGCUGCGCCACAGGCGCGCAGUGACGGCUUGACAUCUGGGCAGGUUUUUCUGAUUGCCAUACUCUCGGUGGCCAUGCCAGUGGUGGCUGUGAUCGCCGCUUGCGUAGUGGUUUGCAUGAAACGCAAGCGUAAGCGCGCACAGGAGAAGGACGAUGCGGAGGCGCGCAAGCAGAACGAACAGAACGCAGUGGCGACGCUGCAUCACAAUUCGAAUGGCGUUGGCGGUAUGGGCGUGAUGAGCGGUGUGGUAGGCGGCGUCGGUUUGGGUGUGAAACGAACUUCAUCCUCUGGACUGGCAUUCGACAAUUCCAAUCCGAACAUCAUCAAGAAUACCUGGGAUAAAUCGGUUAACAACAUUUCGGCUUCUGCAAGCACAGAUGAUUGCCUAAAUACAUCGCUAUAUGGCAGCGCGCUAGCCAACUAUGCGGCGGACAACAACGCCAAUUCGGAAUACUGCGGUGUAGGCCAAAUAGCGCCGCUGCAACGCGCCAAGUCACAGAAGCAACUCAACACCGAUCCCACACUAAUGCAUCGCGCCUCACAGCUGUUGCACAGCGCCGCUAGUGCAGUAGCCGGUGUUAGUGCUGCUGCGGCGGCAGCAAAUAGCGCCGCCAACGCUGGCCUUAGUGGGGUGAACGGCGCUAACGGCGCUGUUGGUGGUGGUGGCGGUGCAACCAAAGACUAUGGCGUCCAUGGCAGCAACGGCGGCAGUGGCGCUGAAGGCAAGCGUAUCUCAGUGUUAGGUGAGAGCGCCUAUUGCAGUCAGCGGUGGCCAUCGUUGGCGACGGCAGGUGNGACUAUGGCGUCCAUGGCAGCAACGGCGGCAGUGGCGCUGAAGGCAAGCGCAUCUCAGUGUUAG